UAAAAAUGUUAAAUAUAUUUAUAUUAUUUAUACAUUCGAGUGCCUAUUACAACAACAACAAUUCUUCUUCUUCAAAAAAACUUUUUUUCUUUUUUAUUCUUUUUAAUUUAAAUAUAUCAUUAAUUAAUUCAAAAAUUUGUUUGUCUUCUUUAAAUGAAGAAAAUGAAGAAACUAAAAGUUUAACUAAAAGUAUAAAAAUAUGUCCAGAUUUUAAAGAUGAACCAGAAGAAAUUGCCUGUUGUCCUUCACAAAUAACUAGUGGAUCUUUCUUUUGUUGUACAGAACAACACAAAAAUGAGUUAGAAUCAGAAUUAGCAUCAGAAGCUAGAAAGAAAUUUAUUUCAGGACAUAUUCCAGAACUUGUACUUUUAAUUUUGGCAUUAAUAUUUUUAUUAUUUAUUUGUUGCUCUUAUUUAUGUAGGCGUACUCGGUUUUGUCCUUUGUUGCAUAGAAGAAAAGCUAGUAGUAAUUCUAAUAUUUUAAUUGGAAGAUCAACAUGCUCAGCUGCCGAUUCCUCAGAAUUUUCUUGCCGUCCACAAUUUAAUAAUGCACAACAACAACAACAAAGGCGCUCAUUUCAACGUCCAUACCAUCAUUACCAAAUAGCCUCUUCUUAUCAACAACAACAACAGCAAGCUAGUAGCCGUCCAUUAUUUAAUAAUACAAUAAAUAAUUUUGAAAAAGAAUGUGGUAAUUAA